GCGGCGGCGGCGGACGCGGCCUGAGGGAGCGGCGGGCGGGGCGGCGCCUGGCCCGGCAGGGCCGCGCCGGCUGAGGGGCGUCCAUGGCGCGCGGGCCUCGGCGGGGCGCGGCCGCGGCCUGAGGGCGGCCAUGUCCGGGGUGGUGCGGACCCUCAGCCGCUGCCUGCUGCCGGCCGAGGCCGGAGCCCGCGAGCGCAGGGCCGGCGCGGCGCGCGACGCGGAGCGCGAGGCCCGACGGCGCAGCCGCGACAUCGACGCGCUGCUGGCCCGCGAGCGGCGCGCGGUCAGGCGGCUGGUCAAGAUCCUGCUGCUGGGCGCCGGCGAGAGCGGCAAGUCCACGUUCCUCAAGCAGAUGCGCAUCAUCCACGGCCGGGAGUUCGACCAGAAGGCUCUGCUGGAGUUCCGCGACACCAUCUUCGACAACAUCCUCAAGGGCUCGAGGGUGCUUGUGGACGCACGUGACAAGCUUGGCAUUCCCUGGCAGCACUCUGAGAACGAGAAGCACGGGAUGUUUCUGAUGGCCUUUGAGAACAAGGCAGGACUGCCUGUGGAGCCUGCCACCUUCCAGCUCUACGUGCCAGCCCUGAGUGCACUCUGGAGGGACUCCGGAAUCAAGGAAGCCUUCAGCCGCAGGAGCGAGUUCCAGCUGGGUGAAUCGGUGAAGUACUUCCUGGAUAACUUAGACCGGAUUGGCCAGCUGAACUACUUCCCCAGUAAGCAAGACAUCCUGCUGGCCAGAAAGGCCACCAAGGGAAUCGUUGAACAUGACUUCGUUAUAAAGAAAAUCCCGUUUAAAAUGGUGGAUGUGGGUGGCCAGAGAUCACAGCGCCAGAAGUGGUUCCAGUGCUUUGAUGGGAUCACGUCGAUCCUGUUCAUGGUGUCGUCGAGUGAGUAUGACCAGGUCCUCAUGGAGGACAGGCGCACCAACCGGCUAGUGGAGUCCAUGAACAUCUUUGAGACCAUUGUCAACAACAAGCUCUUCUUCAACGUCUCCAUCAUCCUCUUCCUCAACAAGAUGGACCUCCUGGUGGAAAAGGUGAAGUCAGUGAGCAUUAAGAAGCACUUCCCAGAUUUCAAGGGUGACCCACACCGGCUGGAGGACGUCCAACGCUACCUGGUACAGUGCUUUGACAGGAAGCGUCGGAACCGCAGCAAGCCUCUGUUCCACCACUUCACCACUGCCAUAGACACCGAGAACAUCCGCUUCGUGUUUCAUGCUGUGAAGGACACGAUCCUGCAGGAGAACCUGAAAGAUAUCAUGCUGCAGUGAGAGACAGCCCCUCUGCCGUCCUCUCGUGGCCUCCAUGGCCCUUGGUCACAUGUCUCUGGUGUGUCGUCGCCUGCAUGGACCUGCAGUGGGCAUCUCGAAUCACACCAUUUAAUACCUGGCUCAAGAAUGCUGGACCGCCAGCCACACCAGCGAGCUCCAGGCAAGAGGACGUAGGAGUGUCAGUGAUAGCUACUGAAUCCGGGGACUGUGAGACUACUGAAUCCAUGCCGUCGCUCUGGUGUUGAUCUGUAAAACCUGGUAACACAGCUUUCUCCCUCCUUGUAGAAAUCAUUCCUUGCUGACACAACUUAACCAAGGUUCAGGCACACACGUGCUCUCAUUAAUGACAGAAACACAAACCCAGCUGGCCUUAUAGGCAGCUCUACCCUGUGACAUGCAGGUCCUCACUGAGACACACUAACUCAGAAGCUUAGCCUCACAUUAGGCCGUAGAGGGGCAUGCGAUGCUGCUAAGCUCAGAGUGUCCAAGCUCAGGCCACAGUGCCACCCCCCCCCCCAAAGUGAACACACUGCCUUUAAAAUUGUGCCAACACCCUCAGAGUCCCCACUCUAGGCAUAUCAGGAUGAGCCAAGGAGCCGAGCCAGGUGAGCCCACUCCCUGCUGUAGAGAACAAGGUGGGAGCUGUGAAGCUGUUAAUGCCCCAGCAGCCAUUCACCUUGUCUGCAUGCCCAGCAGGGCACAGUGUGGAGAGGUGGCCUCUGGAGUGGCUGUGGCUAGCCUGUGUACACAUAGUGGUGCUCUCUACUCCUUCCCCAUCCCUCCACAUCCAAUGGCAAAGACACAUAACCAAGUGGCCUUGUACAUGGCUCCUAUGCCUUACUUGACAGUUGGUGGCAUGUAGCCUCCCCUGUCCUGGGUUCUGAAAGCAGGCCAGAGAGAUGCUCUCAGUUCUAGAGCAUCUUCAUGCCUUGGCUGCUUGGUGGGCCCCAGCCACUAGCAUAGCCCUUCAGGAGAAGCCCUGGGCUCUACACACCAUCCCUCACCGUUGCCUUCACACAGUGCUCUCUGCUCUCAGAGUUGCUGGCAGGCCACCUUCUGUCACUCUGCACACAGAGCAAAUAGGCACCUUCCGCACUCUGGUCCAUGAGGAUGCGGAAGGCUGGGGACAUCAGCACAACCUGCUGCAUCUCAGCCUGUCCUGUCCAGCUUCCUGGCAGGUAUCAUACUGUUUUACAAUCUGUUGCAUUCCAGACCUGACCCUCAGUACAUUAUUCUCUAGGGGUUGGGGCGGGGCUUAUAACUUCCUAGCAUUUGAAACAAAAGAAGAUCUCUAGCCCCAGAGUGUUCUUUGGCUCACUAACACAUCCAAGAGCCCUGUCUGCAGCCACACUGCUCCUGACACUUGGUCCCUAUUGCAUCCCAAUCUUGGCUCAUUUCAGCAACCAGACAAAUAGGAUUCUUGGAGCAGAUGCUAAACCAGGAGAAGGGGGGCUGCUUCUGAAACCCCACUAUUGCAGUGCUCUGUUAGGAAAUAGCAGUCAGUUUCUUGCUCACUUGUUCUCACUCUCUUUGCUCAAGAAUUUUAUCAGCAUUUGCUGAGCUUCUGGCUCUUUCCUUUGGGAAGAAAACAGCCAUUCUGCCUGCUUCACCAAGUCUUCAUGAGCUGAGGGGAUGUGGCUAGCAACCACGUGGGGCUCCUUGGGGAUCUUAGGUCUGCACACAGAAAGCAUCCUUGCCAGGUGCCAUGUGCCCCAUGUAUCUCAGUCAGGGCCGAGACCCCAAGCAGACACAAGCUGUUCCCCAGCCACUGUUGGAGGUUGCUGUGACUAAGGUGAGUGGUGGGGCUGUCAGGGAAGAGUACUGUCCCUCUGACAGCCUGACAUACGUACCGGUCACUUUCAAAGCUGGAAGCAUGCGAGUAGCAAGAUGUGAAAUUCUAACUAGCUGAGCAGGUGGAUGGCCAGAGGCCCAGCAGCUUGGACCAGCUCAGCCUCUGGCCCACCGUCCUAGUGAGCUGAGCCUGGCCAUGUCCUCUCUGUUAGGAUGCCCCUACUCUGUGAUCCGUGAAGUGGUGCAAUCAGAAAAGGAGACAGUGUUUGCAGGGCGAGGCUGAAAUCAUUUACAAGUCUACACAUAGAUUGUAGUCGUUUGUCUCCCAGACAUUAGGCUUUUGUAUUUUUUUUUUUAUUUUAAUUUCACUGUUACCCUUGACUAUUGUCCUUUUUAUUGCAGUGUUGGAGAAGCAGAAGGUAUUUGUGCCUCCUCUAUUACUGCAAAAAAAAAAAUGUAACAAUAAACUUCCUAAAAUCAGAUUGC